AGGUGACCUGAUCCUGCUCUAGUAUAAAUGUAACACCUGGAGGCAGUGUAACGUCUGGGCAGGUGUGUCUCAUUACACCUGACAGCACCUUCCGGAUCUUGUCUUCAUAUUCAUUGCUGUGUCAUCCUCUGAGCGUCUGCUGGAUCCUUCUGUGCCCCCUAUCUUCUGAUACUUCUUUCUCCGACACUUCAGACCAGCUUGACAAUGAGUGAGGAGUCGAUCAUCCGUAUCCCGCCAUACCACUACAUCCAUGUCCUGGACCAGAACAGCAACAUCUCCCGCGUGGAGACCGGACCUAAGACCUACAUUCGGCAGGACAAUGAGAGGGUCCUGUUCCAUCCCGUCCGGAUGGUAAUGGUGCCGCCACGCCACUACUGUAUCAUUCAGAACCCGGUGGUCAGGGACGCCGCACGCAGCGCGCAGUUUGACGACAUCGGACAAGCGAAACUGCGGCACGGUGACCAAGAGAUCCGGCUGGCUCAGGAUCCGUUCCCGCUGUAUCCGGGGGAGGAGUUACAGCAGGGCAUUACCCCUCUGACGGUGGUCCUGGCUAACACCGCACUGCACCUGAAAGCUCUCCUGGACUUUGAGGAUGACAAUGAGAAGUUUGUGGCCGGAGACGAGUGGCUCUUCGAAGGACCAGGUACCUAUAUUCCCCGGAAGGAGGUGGAAGUCGUACAGACCAUACAAGCGACUGUGAUUCGGCAUAACCAAGCAAUCCGUCUGCGUGCCCGGAAGGAGUGCCAGGACCGAGAAGACCGUGCGCGGGUUACUGGGGAGGAGUGGCUGGUCAAGAAGGUCGGGGCGUAUCUUCCUGGAGUAUACGAAGAGGUGGUGGAUGUUGUGGACGCAUUUGUCCUGACAGACAAGAGAGCUCUGCACAUCCGUGCCACCAAGACGUUCCGCGAUGAGAAAUCGAACCUGCGGCGCACAGGAGAGGAGUGGCUGAUUACCAUGGAUGACACAGAGGCCUACAUCCCCAAUGUCUAUGAGGAGGUGAUGGGAAUCGUGGAUAUUACCACUCUGAACAGCCGCCAGUACUGUGUAAUCCUGGACCCCGUGGGGGCUGAUGGAAAGCCUCAACUUGGACAGAAGAAAGUUGUAAAGGGAGAAAAGUCUUUCUUCCUCCAGCCUGGUGAGAGCCUGGAGUAUGGAAUCCAAGAUGUCUACAUACUGUCAGAGGAGGAGGGCCUGGUCCUGAGAGCCUUGCAAGUCCUAGAGGAGAAGGAUGAGGAUGGGAAUGAGGUGGAACGCAAACCUGGAGACCGCUGGAUGAUUAGGGGCCCACUAGAGUACGUUCCCUCAGUGGAGGUGGAGGUUGUAGUGAGGAGGCAGUCUAUCCCCUUGGAUGAAAAUGAAGGGAUAUACGUACGAGACAUCAAGACCGGGAAGGUGUGCGCGGUGGUAGGACACACUUACAUGCUGACCCAGGACGAGGAGCUGUGGGAGAAGGACCUUCCCUCAAACGUGGAAGCACUGCUUGCCUCCGGGAAGGACCCCGUUGCAGACAGAUCCAACCGGUCUGCCCAGAUACAGGAGGCGCAGGAGCGGGAUAAGACCAAGGCGGUCACCUACCGGGUGCCUCAUAAUGCUGCCGUCCAGGUGUACGACUACCGGGAGAAGAAGGCCAGGGUGGUGUUUGGCCCCGAGUUGGUGAUUCUGGGGCCGGAUGAGCAGUUCACAGUCCUCAGUCUCUCAGGUGGUAAACCGAAACGGUCUAAUGUCAUCAAAGCCAUCUGCCUCCUCCUGGGGCCCGACUUCUGCACGGACCUGAUCAAUAUAGAGACCGCGGACCACGCCAGGCUCCAGAUACAGCUCUCCUACAACUGGCAUUUUGAAGUAAAGGAUAAGACCGACGCGGCUGAGGCUUCAAAGAUUUUCAGCGUUCCAGACUUUGUGGGCGACGCGUGCAAAGCCAUCGCCUCCCGGAUAAGAGGGGCUGUGGCUUCCGUGCAGUUUGAUGACUUCCACAAGAACUCCAACCGCAUCAUCUGCUCCGCUGUCUUUGGCUUUGACGAAUCCGUGAAGAUCCGAAACUCCUUCAAGUUCCCCCAGAAUAACCUGAUCAUCACCAGCGUGGACAUUCAGUCGGUGGAGCCGGUAGACCAACGCACUAGAGAUGCUCUGCAGAAGAGUGUCCAGUUGGCCAUUGAAAUCACAACAAACUCCCAGGAGGCUACAGCGAGACAUGAAGCUGAGCGCUUGGAGCAGGAAGCAAAGGGACGGCUAGAGAGACAGCGCAUCACGGACCAGGCUGAGGCGGAGAGGGCCCGCAAGGAGCUGCUGGAACUGGAAGCCAUGAGUACUGCGGUGGAAAGCACGGGAGCUGCAAAGGCCGAGGCCCAGUCUAAAGCAGAGGCAGCAAAGAUCGAAGGUGAAGGCGCUGUCUUACAGGCCAAACUGCGCGCCGAAGCUCUAGCCAUCGAGACGGAGGCGGAGUUGCAACGACUGCGGCAGGCCCGAACUGAGGAGCUGAAAUACCUACAAGAAAAGAACAAAUUGGAAGUGUCGAAAGAGCAGGAAAUCGCAGAUAUCGCAGUGAAGAAGUUCCGGGGGAUGACAGAGGCCAUUGGAACGGAAACUCUGAGGGACAUUGCACUGGCUGGCCCUGAGCUGCAGGUAAAACUGCUGAAAGGUCUGGGAAUUCAGUCCACUCUGAUUACCGAUGGCUCAACACCGAUCAACCUCUUCAGUACAGCGACCGGUCUUCUGGGGAUUCCCGCCAAGACACUGCUGGAGAAAGAUGCAUAGAAAUGAAACCAAUGAUGCUCUCACCUGUAUUACUAUUUGGGCCCAUUAGUCUGCAGUGUCACUCAUUAUCCUAUUCACUGGUCUUCUGCAUUGUCCAGCAGUGUCACUCAUUAUCCUGUUCUCUGCUCUUUUGCUCUGUCCAGCAGUGUCACUCAUUAUCCUGUUCUCUGCUCUUCUGCAUUGUCCAGCAAUGUCACUCAUUAUCCUGUGCUCUGCUCUUUUUCCUCUGUCCAGCAGUGUCACUCAUUAUCCUGUUCUCUGCCUUUUUGCUCUGUCCAGCACUGUCACUCAUUAUCCUAUUCUCUGCUCUUUUGCUCUGUCCAGCAGUGUCACUCAUUAUCCUGUUCUCUGCCCUUUUGCUCUGUCCAGCAGUGUCACUCAUUAUCCUGUGGUCCAUCAUGCACUACUUACAUGGCUGUCUUCAGAUCUGUGUCUGUCUGUAUCUGGUGUGCCUUACCUCUGCCCCUAGCCCAGCGAGGGGUAUUAUAUAACCAUAACCUGUAUAAAAGACAAAUCUGUGUCUGUGCUCAAUAAACCUCAGGUUGUUUUUUAUUUUCAA